UCGCAAUGUGCGGGAAGGUACUAAGGCUCACGCGCCCAAACUCGAUGGAGUGCUCUGCUAACUGUGAUUCGGUCAACUGCCAACCUCUUAUUUUCAACAUACCUAUCAGCGAAUUGAAAAUACAGCUGCAUAAAUGACGAUACGAGUUCUCCCGAUGGCAGAUGCAAAGCGCGCACUCAUGUACGCCAUCGAAGAUGUGCCCGGUAAAGGCAAAGGCCUGAUCGCCACGAGGAACAUCUCCAAGGGUACACGAAUUCUUGCCGACAAACCCUGGAUCACCAUCAACGAGAGUUUUAUGACCAAAGAAUUCCGGAUGAGUUUAAUUGCUCAACAACUUCACGAUUUGAACAAAGAGGAAACGAAAGACUAUCUAUCGAUGAGAAAUAUUUACUCGAAUAGCAGCGCAGCUAAGAACUGGGUUGGCAUAUACACAACCAACUGCUCGACAAUCACAUCCUGCAAAUCCGCCUUAUUCCCAAACGUGUCGCGGAUAAACCACGCUUGCAAUGCCAAUGCGGUCGACUACUGGAACGAUAAUCUCAGCAAAAUGACAGUUCAUGCUUUGAGAGAUCUUAAGCGAGGGGAGGAGAUCACAGUUUGUUACGUGAAUCGACCUCGGAACCGUCAGGAGCGUUUGAGAAAACUUUGGGAAGAGCAUCAAUUUACAUGCGAAUGCGAUCUUUGCUCUCAGCCGGAGGAGAAGAGUAAGCUGACCGACUUCAUACUUGAUCGUGGUGACGACUUGAGAAAGGAAUUUGUUGACAAUUGGGACCGAAACUGCACAAAAAACCCAAAAACGUUGUUGAGAUGUGCAGAGAUGCAAUCCCGAGCUCGCCGGCUAGAUGGCGUGAACGAGUUGGGAUUGAUGAGGGCAUACGAGCAAGCGUUGUACGUUAUCAUAGCGAAUGGCGACUUAGCAAGGGCGAGCAUUUUUAUUGGAAGACUGCUGUUUCUUCAAAUUGUAAUCUCAGGCCACGAUAGCCCAGAUACAAUUCGGUACAGCGCGUUCAGUCGCUCACCCAAGCAGCACGAGAAAUACGGUUUAUCGGACAAGUGGGAAACUACAAUGGCCAACCUUCCACCCGAUUUGAAAGAAGGGCAAAAAGAAUUUGAGGACUGGCUCUGGAGGAGGAACGAGAUCGAUCCUGAUCCAAAAAGGAUCGAUUUCUACGACCGCAAGAUCUUCCCUGGUUUCAAUGACCUGCCCGUUGAGUGCGAUCACCAAUCGAUCUACAUAAAACGCCACCCUCGUCGUCACUGGUGCUUCCUUGGAGAGAUUUUGGAGUGUACCAUGUCUGAACGUUUGGACAUAACCGUCACGGACAUUGACGGUGAAAUUGUUUCCAUUUCUCUCGAAGCGAGUGCAGAUUACAAUAGUUUUGACUUCGAAAGGGGCCAUACGCUCGGAAUUUUGUACGCUGAGCGCUACCCCGACCUUAAGGAGGGUGUCAAGAGUAUUUCUGCUAAAAUUAGGCCCGGCUGCUUAAAGGUUCGACAUAUGAAGCGUGACUGGGAAGACCGAAGUAAACGACUGACAGACAUCUAG